UUUGAGGACGUCGCUGUGACCUCGGAAGUGAUCCUGAGAGGUCAGGACAGCAAGAUGGCGGCGCGGACAGUGUUCGGAGCUGUGUGCCGGCGCCUCUUGCAGGGCUUGGGCAAUUUUUCAGUAGACAGUUUUAAGAGCAGUACAGCCAAAAAUGGUGGCUUUCUUCUCAGUACCAAUAUGAAGUGGGUACAGUUUUCAAAUCUACAUGUUGAUACUCCUAAGGAUUUGACCAAACCUACGAUAACCAUUUCUGAUGAACCAGACACAUUAUAUAAGCGCCUGUCAGUUUUAGUAAAAGGCCAUGAUAAGGCUGUAUUGGACAGUUAUGAAUAUUUUGCCGUGCUUGCUGCUAAAGAACUUGGUAUCUCUGUUAAAGUACAUGAACCUCCAAGAAAAAUAGAGCGAUUUACUCUUCUCAAAUCAGUGCACAUUUUCAAGAAGCACAGAGUUCAGUAUGAAAUGAGAACACUUUACAGAUGUUUAGAGUUAGAACAUCUAACUGGAAGUACAGCAGAUGUCUACUUGGAAUAUAUUCAGCGAAACUUACCUGAAGGGGUUGCCAUGGAAGUAACUAAGACACAACUAGAACAGUUACCAGAACACAUCAAGGAGCCAAUCUGGGAAACAGUACCCAACGAAAAAGAAGAAAUCAAGUCACAAAGCCUCAGGGAGGCUACUAGUGCCUGAAUUGGAAAUGGGGAUGGGCCAGAUGUGUGUGUUUAAGUGGAGAGUGCUUCCAGCUGAGAUGGUUUUGAGUCUACCUAAUUGUUGUGUUGAGGCCUCAUGCCUGGUCAGCUGAGAGCAGGGAAUGGAGCCUUAAUGACAGGCUGGACUAUAAUGAAAGAAACACUUUGUCCUUUUAUACAUGUCAUUAUUUCAGUUCUGAUUUUUAGAAGCAUGAACAAACCAUAAGCCCACUAUGAGCCAAAAGAGUCAAAUUUAUAUUUUGUUAGGCUGCUGCUGUUCAAUUACUAGUUUGUACCGGUUUUAAUUUAUAUCACUUCUUUCAUCUGAAAGUGUUUAAAGUAUUCUUCACACGUAUUUUUUUCUUUUGAGAUGCCUAGAAGGAACUUGUGGUUAAUUUAGCACUGAGCAGUUAAAGUUUUUGAUAUUUCCCUUAGCACAGGCUGGCAUGUGCUAAUUUGGAGGUGGUAGCUAACAGACGUGACUUCAUUUAAGUAUUACAUCUUGGAAAGGGAAUAUACUUUGCAGCAGACCAAGCACAUGUGUGACAUGCACUGAACUCUUCUUGUAGCCCACACCCUUAGAGAGAUGCCUUAGGAUCACUGUAAUGGAAUUUAUGCUCUCAAGAAAUUAUUACUUGUGUAAUUUUAUUCAUCCUGUGAUUCAUUCAAUCAAUAAGCUUUUAUUCCAUAAACUUUGCACCCCACACUGUAGUUAAUACCAAAAACUAAAUAGAAGUAAUGGUUUUUGAAAAUUGUGUGAAGCACAGAAAAAUAUUUUUCUUUAUUAAACUCCUCAGUGAUAAGAAAGCCUCUUUCUUUUGGUAAAUGUCACACUUUUUGUUUGGAGAUGUCUACUUUUCCAUGAAAUCAAAUAGCAGUGAAAGCCCUGAAAGAGGCCAGCCUACAAUGGGCUGAAACAGUUGGUAUGGCAAACCCAGGGGAGUGCUUCGUUUCCUUUUUACAGCAGAAUCGGGUUCGUGUCUUUGUGGUUUUCUUUACAUCUUUGGAGUAGUUAUGACUUCUCAGUUUUUCCCCCUUUAAACCGAAUUGCCUGUUCUCUUUUCCAAGCCUAGUAUCAGGUAUCGGUGUGUUGAAUACAUACUGCUUAUGUAUCAGACUUACAUUACUGUCAUUAACAUGAAAAGAAUUACUGCCUUGUGCCCCACGACCU